AAAGUUCAUAUUUCAUAGGAUUUCACAGAGGAGUCAAUGAAUUUUAAGAGAGAAUUUUAACACACUUACACCUUUUGUAAGUCAGGGGGAAGCAGGAUUCUGAGCAGAUGGAGGCAUCUUACCACAGGUUAAAAUUUCCUAUUGGAGUGAAUCGAGAUCCAGGCACUUUCUAUGGAACCAAGGAGGCAUCUUCUUCCAGAGAAAUAGAUAGGAGAGCCAUGUGCCCCUACAAGGUGAAGCAGAAAUCACCUCUGGGGGUGCAUGUGCUGUGCUCCUGCUCCCCACUGCAGACAGUUUAUUGCUAGAGUAAGUGGUGGGCAGCAGGUGAGUCUUGGAGCAGAACAAUGUAGGGGUUCCCUAAAUUGGUUCUGCUCUCAUCAGCUUUUGUAGAAGGUGCAUUGUUCACAUCAGUUGCAAUUGGGUGGAGCUUCUGCAAUUUUUUCCCCUAGCUAUAACAUUUCUGGACUAGUGACAGGCAUUUCAAAAGAAUUUUAAAAAAUGCACCUGCAUCCUUAGACUUUUCCUUACAGGCAUGCCCAAGAAAACAACACUAAUUAAAUCGAGGGAGGACAAUGCCAGUGAGCAGCAGUAGCAGCUAUGGGAAUAUAAUCACAAUGCAUGCUUCUUGCCAUUUUUUAUGGCCCAGAGCUGCUAGAGGGAGAGCAGGACAGAGAGCCAGCGUGUUACACAGCUGUGAACAGCAGCAGUCUGAGCCUGUUUGGCUGUAGGGUAGAGACUUCCCCAGCUUCUGUGCACCAUCUUGGCUGAAAGAUCGAGAUGUCACAGGGCUGUAUAAGGCUGUCUUUGCCACAGGACUAUGAUUAUGCUAUAUUGGUGCAAUGACUUCACAGCCUUGGAGCUCAACCCUGCAAUGAGAGUUAUGACUUCACUGCUUCAUGGUUCAGCAUGUAUAGUCAGGCCAGUGAGAGAGAAUCACAGCUGGUUAAUAAUCUGAAAUGAUCAGAAAUAAUCUGAGCUGGUUAAUCGGUUUUACAAUACCAACAAGAUACAGAACAAAUAUUGGCAACAACUUAGUGGUAAUUUUUGAUCAUUAGCUAAGCAAGUGUUAGUGUCAUUGUGAUGCAUCCCCAAGUAUUCCCCUCUGACCUCUUCAGUACCAUCCACAAUCAUUUCCUGGCCUCAGAGUUUCUUGGCUAUUUCAAAAUGAAUUUGCAACCCUUUAAAUAGACCAUCCUGCUCCAGUACUAGGAGUUGGAUCUUUAAAAGUUAUAAUAUGCAGGAAGGAAACUUCUUGAUUAGGAAGAAAUGGCAUUUCUAUAUUAAAAGUCUCUGGAGUGGGGCAUAACCCCUUAGUCCCUUGAGUAACUGUUUUUUUCAAAUAUAACAUAGUGAAAAGGCAGUUCUUAAUCAUGCAUGACGUGACCCUCUCAAUAUUUAAUGUUACAUCCCCAAAUGCAGCCUAGCUCCAUUGUUAUUCCCAGAGACAAAUGAAUCAUGCAACAGCAAAAUAUUGUUGCAAAGGACCUGAUUUAUUGUGACAGCACCCUGUCAAAUACUUUGAAUACUGCAUUAGAAUACUGUGCUCUGCAUGCAGUCUUUCCAGUUUGAAUCCCCUUGUUUUUCCCUAUUGCUGACAUUACCAGGCCUCCAUCAUUUCUCUCAGACACUGUGAGUCUUGUGAAACAAGAGAUGGAAAACAUCUCUUUGCUGAUUCAGCUCCUAGAACCAGCUCUCUUGGUUGAGUAGCUUGUGUGCAAAGCUGGCCCAUAGGACAACAAGUAGCUAUGCAGGGUUCUGGGCAUCAUAAAAUAAAACAAGAUCUUGAGCAAGGCAGUUACCAGGGUCUCUUUCAGGCUGGAGUUUAUGCCUCUUCUUUCUCCUUUCCUGUUCUUCCUCUUCUCUUAGCCAGCUUGUACCCAGGGGGAAGGGGAGAGAUGUCCCUUACGGAGCGCUCCCAAAGAUGGCAGUGACAAUGCGCUUGGCCAGUUCCUCAGGCACCACCAGCUCCAAGGGCAGCUCAAAUCUUUGUAGACCUGAUGGCAGGGAGCUGCUUCUUCAUUCUCAGCUGCUCAACUUUUGUGGACACCCAGCUGUAGAGGCCACUCACAGAGGACUUUAUCAGCUUUCUGGCCUUAUCUGACACAUGCACUUGGUCCUGGUGCAGCUGUUGCAGCAUCUUGCAGGCGUACAAGGAUUGGGAGUGCUGAAUAACAAGGCUGCUGGUUUCUGGCUCCUUCAUCUCCUGAUGCCCUGGCUGGGAUUGGAGUGUCCUUCCUUGGGGUUUGGCUGGACCUUAUCACACAGAGGCAAAUUCUUCCUCAGAGCCUACAUGGCCUGCUUCUUAUGUGCCUAUUGAGCGGCAGCUGGGGGCUGUAGGGGGACUUGGGAUCCACAAAGAACAGCCUGCUACCUUUGCCGAAGCAGUGGGAGCUGAUAGGAACCAGGAAAGAAAGAGCACCUCCAGGAAGGCCUGAAGACUGCAUCAGAAGGUCUCUAAAUUAAAAGACACUCAGGAUCAAUGGACACUGGGUCCUAGGCUGGGGCUGCCCAGAGCCCUGAAUGACACUACUGAGGCACAUCUCUCUGCUGGUUUAUUCACUGUAGACCAGUGGACUCAAAAGUCUAAAAAGGUUGAGAACGCCAGCUCUUAGCCAUCACUCUUUUUUUGACUGCAGAAAAAUAAUGGGGCAAUUCCUCUGUUGCAAAGAACUCAACAAAGACCAGAACUGGGGAGACGGUUUUGGAGGCCGAGGAUUCCCAUUUGAAAUCUCUGGAUUUCUCCUGUGAAGCACAUGUCGGUGUUUGCACAGUGCUAAUACUGCGCGGCACCCAGCAGCACCCUUAGAAGGAUCUUGCAGCACCUCAAGGUGUCACAGCACCCUGGGUGCGAAUCACUGCUGCAGCAUUUCCCUCUGCUCAGGAAGGUGACGGAGGUCCGGGCUGGACCUCCCCUGAGCUGUGUGUGUGUCCUGAGGCAAGCUCAAGGAGGGAAUUUUCCUUUCCUGGAGCCGCCAGAGGGCUCUGGCUACUACUAAGUCCCUCUCCCUCUCCCUUUUUCUCUGCUCCAGUGUAUGAGCUUCCUAGGUCAGAUGCAGCUAAUGUAUCCAGCUGGAGUUGAGCAGUUGCUGCUCCAGACUGGUGGUGUCUGUGCUGGAGAGAGACCUUUAUCCAAGCCCCUCAGUGCCCAGCUCAGAGAUGGAUUUCCUUCUGUGGGUGGAACAAGCCCCCAGGGCAGCCCCGGGCUCUGCUGACACCAGCUCCUGAGCCGGAGACUCCAGAGCAGCUGAAAUCCCAGUCUCCUCCAUUUGAGUUGCAGCUGAUCAGCACUUCUGAAUAUCUGCCCCAAAGUGUCUCAAAGAAGAACUCAGCAGUACCCCUUCAAUGCCUGACCUGUCUUCUGAUUGUCCACAUAUGACUUUGUGUUUUGGCACAAUGCAGAAGCCUUGAUUCUGGCCCAAACAAAGAAUAUUCUUUCAUCAGUAAUGUCAAUGCAUGCACAGCCUAAUGCAGAAAGGGAGAGAGGAGGAGAGAACCAUCAUUUCCUCAAUAUUGUAAAAUCUCCCCUGAUUUUUUACCUUUUUUCCCUAAGCAUGAAACAUAUCCUCUCCCGGUCCUGUGGACACACAUGCAUACUUACGGAGCAGAUUUUUCCUUGAGCGCCUUUAUCAAAUGUGUAGAGUGUCACUGUGACUAGGAGAGAGGGUGAAGAACCUGGAGCAAACUCUCAGCUGUUCUGCAGAGGUCUCCAUUUGUCACCAUAGCAAAGAAAACCUUAAAAAUGAGAUCUGAGUGUAUCUGAUGCAAAGACUUCUUGCGGUUCCAGGGUAUGUGAAGAAAGUGCCUACCACUUCUCAGAGGAUGCUAACACAGAUGCCAGUGACAGUCCUUCAAAUAUCAAUCUUAUAAACAUUACGGAUUCUUUGAUUCUGAACUUUUCCAGAGUUUUCCAGAGUUUGUCUCAAAAUUCACCCAAGGAACCUUGUCUGUCUCAAAAGAAAGGCAUUGAAAAAUAUACAGCAGACGUAAGUCAGAGCAGAGAAUAACUUCCAUGUUUCACUCCAGAGCCACUUCAUAGAACGGGGAAAGAAAUGGCUACACCUGAGGUUAUGACCUUCGAGGAGGUGGCUGUGUAUUUCACCACGGAAGAAUGGGCUCUGCUGGACCCCGGCCAGAAAGCUCUCUAUAGUGCCGUCAUGCAGGAGAAUUAUGAGACGGUGGCCUCACUCGGAUUUCCAGUUCCCAGACUGGAUGUGGUCUCCCAGAUGGAAGAAGGGGAAGAGCCAUGGGUCCUGGAUCUGCAAUACUCCACAGAGAGUGAGAUGCUGAGGAGCAUCCUCAUGGUAGGUGAAAGGGUGGUGGACAAGAAUGAGGAAGCAAUGCCUCAGGAGGAAGGUCCUGAGCAAGCUGAACCAUGCGGGAAGUCAUCAGCGCAAUCCAAAGGGAAUGCUUCCCUCAAUCUGUGUACAGACUUCCAGCAGGGAGACCCCUUAGUGGACACUUGGGGUAUCUCUCCUUGCUGUGGUGAUGAUAGUGAGGACUUCAAAGACAUUCUGAUCCCACCAAGACUCCAUGCACGUGAAGACAAAUACAAGUGUACAGAGUGCGGCAGGGGCUUCACCCGGAGCUCAGACCUGCUGGUGCACCAGAGAACCCACACAGGGGAGAGACCCUUUGUGUGUCCUGACUGUGGGCACAGCUUUAGCCACAGGUCAAACUUCCUGAGGCACCAGAGAAGCCACGUGGGGGAGAAGCCCUUCAUGUGUCCUGAUUGCGGGAAGAGCUUCAUGGGCACUUCCGACCUCCUCAUACACCAGACAACCCACACGGGGGAGAGGCCUUACACCUGCCCCGAAUGCGGCCACAGCUUCAGUCACAGGUCCAACUUCCUGAGGCACCAGCGAAGCCACACAGGGGAGAAGCCCUUUUUAUGUCCUGACUGUGGGAAGAGCUUCAUGGGCACCUCCGACAUCAAGAGGCACCAGAGAACCCACACGGGAGAGAAACCGUACAGCUGCCCUGAGUGUGGACAAAGCUUUAGUCGGAGCUCAAACUUCAUCAGGCACAAGCGAACGCACACGGGGGAGAAGCCCUUUCUGUGCCCAGACUGUGGGAAGAGCUUCCGUGAGAGGUCGGACUUCUACCGGCAUCACCGCAUCCACAUGGGAGACCGGCCCUACCCCUGCCUUGACUGCGGGAAAAGCUUUGCUGUAAACUCAGACCUGGCCAGACACAAGAGAGUCCACAUCGGGGAGAAGCCCUAUCAAUGCCAAGAGUGUGGGAAGAGCUUCAGACGCAGCUGCCACCUCAUUGCACACCAAAGAGCCUACCUCACCCUGACAAGUACCAAGGGAAGGGAAAAACACAAUUACUGACCCUCUCCUGUGCCUUUGUUAGUCAACUUCUGAUUACCCGGUGCUCAAGUCCGGGGUUGAAGAGCAACAGCAGAUGCCGUUAAUCUCAUUGGUGACCCCUGGCUCGGCUUUCUCUAGAAAACCUCAGGCAGAGAAGAAGCCCAGAAGCGUCUCCACCUUACUUCUGUGCCUGCAUGCCUCACACCAAAUUGUGAGAAGGGAGAAGGCACAUUCAAAGUCCCCGAUACCCCUGUGAUUUCCUCUCUUUGGACUGAAAUCCCCUCCCUUCCCAUGCAUCACUGACAGAUGCCUGGCGAGAGAGUCCCUAUGGAUCACUGACUUCCUGUAAUCCUCCUUGCAAAGUCAUAGAUGAUAUGCUGCAGGAUUUAUGUUGCAGUUGCUUGGAAAUCUUCAUAGGCUAGAACAAGCAAAAGCAGCCAUUGUGAGGAGGAAAAUACAGGAGGAGGGGAGCAGGUGCCACUCGCCCGUUAUGUCUGCUCACGCAUUGCCACUAUUGCUGGAGUCUCUGGGGAGCAUCAUCUAUAACAGACUGGGUCUGGAGUCCCACGGCAGGAUGCUGGGCAUCGUCACUGGAGUCCAAGUUUCCCUGGACUGGUGUUUUCUGGACUAGGUAGAAGGGAAGGAUGAGCUGGACUGGGUCAAAUGGGGAUUUUCCAUCUGACUCUUGUGGUUCAGAGAGACUUCAAUCCAGAACAGAUAAAUGCUUAAAGAAACACUUCUGAAGGGCCUUGUCUCCAUCUGCUGAUUCUUUAUGUUCCCCCUCCAGUGCCCUGCAGCUAAAGGAUUCUUAGCUCAGGGCUUCAGAAACCUCGUCCCUACUGUACUCCUUCCUCUGUAAUGUAUUUCUAUAAAAUAGAAUCACAGUGGAGACCUCUGCAUAAUGAUCGAUCCUUUAGUGACAUCUCUUCCACAGCCCAUUGUAGCACAA